GCACCACCAUCAAAGGUUGUGCGCCACUGUGUAUUUUUGAAAUCCUAGCGGAUUGCAAUGGAAAUACCAUGGAUUGAGAAGUACAGACCGAGCUCGAUAGAAGAUCUUAUAAGUCAUGACGACAUAUCAAAAACUAUAAAGAGAUUUAUUGAUAAUGACAGGCUACCGCAUUUACUGUUUUAUGGUCCACCGGGAACGGGAAAAACUAGCACUAUCCUAGCUGCCGCAAAGCGUUUGUACUCUCGUCAGUUUGCAUCCAUGGUUUUAGAGCUUAAUGCUUCCGAUGAUCGGGGGAUUGAUGUUGUUCGUGAACAAGUACUGAGUUUCGCCAGCACGAAAACUCUCUUCGCUGGAAAAUUCAAGCUGGUUAUUCUAGACGAAGCUGAUUCCAUGACAAAAGACGCUCAAAAUGCACUUCGAAGAAUUAUCGAAAAAUUUACGGAAAACACCCGGUUUUGUCUAAUUUGUAACUACUUGUCGAAAAUUAUCCCUGCAAUCCAAUCACGGUGCACCAAGUUCCGUUUUGCACCACUGCCCUUCAAUGAUGUCAGUGUGUGUCUUCGAAAAAUUGCAUCAAAUGAAGGCGUCGAUUUAACAGACGAUGGAGUAAAAGCAAUUUAUCAGUUUGCAUCUGGGGAUAUGCGUAAAUCUAUCAACUUAUUACAGAGUACAUCUAUGUCUUCAAAAACUGUCGACGGACCUUCUGUCUAUGCUUGUGUUGCAUAUCCUUCACCGGCUGAGGUUCGAUCGCUAUUGGAUCAUGUACUGAAUGAACCGAUCAGUACUGCUUAUCACAAUAUUACAACAGUAAAAAAUUUGAAAGGAAUUGCAUUGCAAGAUAUAAUUACAGAAAUUCAUCCAUUGAUAAUGCGUACUGGAAGUUGGUUUGUUCUCUCCCACAAAAGGCUAUUGCUGAUGGUAUCCGGCCAAUGAAUGUUGAGAAUCUUGGCUAUAAUUAUUGGCGAAGAUUAAUCUAUCCCAAUGAAAAUCAUGUACAGUCAAGUAUUCCUAAUUGUUAUUACAAAAACGUUAACAAUUCUAGUUGACAGAACGUUUUACUCAUUACGGCUACAGAGUUAAGCUUCAAAUUUCUAUCGCCCGUUUGUUGAUAUUCACAACUGCAAUUGCUAUCAAUCUCUUAAAUCAUAUGCACAUCUUGGGCAGAUUUACUUGAUAUAGCAUUUAGUUACAAGCUUUAGUCUAUUUGCUAUUUGGUUAACAGACAUCUUGUCUUAGCUGAGACUCAUCAGUUGUAUGUACAUAUUCACAUCGAGACUGGAAUUGGGUACCUAUCUCUUCAAACGUCAAUGUGUUAUCACCUAACCUAUUCGGCAUUCCAUCCGAUUUCGUCAUUGAAGUUAUAUUGAUAUCAUGAACACUUAGUUUUUCUGACAAUAUCUAUUCGACAUUUCAUUGUAGUAGAAUUUCUGUUCACUUUUCAAUUAUUUUCUCAAUUGAUAUUUAGUUGAUUUGCCGGAUGCAAUACGCUGUGAUUUAUUAAUUGCGUUAUCCGAUAUAGAAAAUCGUAUGUCACAAGGAGCAUCAGAAAGAUUACAAUUGGGUGCAUUUGUUUCAGCAUUUACUCGAGCAAAAAUAGCACUAGAGUCCAAGAUUCCCUAAAAAAAGAGUUCUCUAUUUCAAUUAUGUUCUCAUGUUUAAUAAAUCAAUCUUUGCAAA